AUGUCAUUCAAUCGACCCAAUUUUUCCUCUCGAAACCGUUCCAUGGUGCCAUCAUCAUACGACACUGGCAUGGCUCCUUCCUAUCUAUACAAUGAUGCACCAUAUGGUGGAGGUGGUUAUGGUCCCACAACUCCACCCUAUAAUUAUUCCGACCCAUACUAUAACAGCAUGCAAAAUCGGAGAGGUUAUUAUGAUAAUUACAUGAUCGGAAAUGAACCUCUCUAUCAUGAAGAUAAAUUAUUCGAUGAAGAUUUGCUCAUGUAUGAUCGACCAACCUAUCGACCAAGCAGAAUGAUUGCGAAUCCAGAUUUUGGAAAUUUUAAUUAUAAAAAGGGAUUCACAGCUGAGGUUUGGCUGAAUGAUGGUGAAACCGUGGUACUAAAUGGAGAUUCUAGAAAGAAGACAUAUCGUACACAUUACAGCCCAGAAUAUUUACGAAGUUUUUUCUUUGGAUGGGUUGGACGGCUGAUUCGAUAUUUAUGGUUGGAUCGAUUGUUUGGAUUGCAUGUCGAUACAGUGAAAGAAGUGAAAACUAGAAAUUACAUUUUUGUGACAGCUCAAAUCAUACCAGAAUGA